AUGAAAAUUGAAAGGCUGAGCAACUGCUGUGGCCCCCGCGGGACUCUGAGCGCUGUAGAUUUCCAACCACAUUCGGAAGCCCGCGAUAUACACAGACUUGCAACAUCAGGAGGCACGUAUGUGCAAAUUUGGGGGCUUACAAGGGUGGCCAGCAAAAAUACACACAUUCCGAUCAAAUGCAUCUGUCUUUAUACCUUUUCUGACCAUUCACCGUACGAAGUUACAACUGUAAGAUGGUCUCCGAAUGGAGUAUAUGUUGCAAGUACAGAUUCAGGCGGAGUUACACAUGUCCUCAAGAGGAACGCCAAAAAGUGUGAGAUUAUAGAACAACUCAUCAGGAACAAAAUCAUGGGAGAGAAUUCAGAGAUUCCAGAGAUCGCUACAGAGCAGAAGGAAGUCAAGAAAUAUAUCUUCAAGUAUGAUGGAACGGAGUCCAGCAAGACAAAAAGUGCUUCAGGAAUACCUCGCAUUUCAAUCAGUGCAAAAGCCACUCAACUUGAGACCCAGGACAUUAGAAAGGACAUUUUUGAGAUGAUUGAUAAUGACAAUAUAGAAGGAAAUAUGGAAACAUGGGAAACACUUGGACCUAUAUCUUGUCCUCCAAAUAUGGGACAACUAUUUGAUAUUAGCUGGGCUCCGGAUAACCGUAGCAUAGUAGGAGGUGGAAUGAAUGGCCAGGUCGCGGUGUUUGACAUUCAUACUAAGGAGAUUGUAGCUAAAUUUGAUGCCCUCGAAAACCCAUCACCAACUUCAGGAUUCUCAGGAAGAGGCUAUAUCAAGAGCGUUGCAUGGGAUCCAAUGACUUUACACAUCGCAGUUCAAAGUAGUAAUAGAGAAAUUUCAGUAUGGAGGAGAUCGGCUCCUCUUCCACCUGGAUCACCCAUGAAAUGGACGUUUAAAAAAAUUUUGUUUAACGAUAGUUUUUCAGAAAUAUCGCAUACUGACAUAUUGGGAGGAUCACGAAUCUCAUGGGCACCAAACGGUAAAUUGGUGGCGUUUCCAAAUACUAGCGCAAGUGAUCAUAAUUUUACCACCUGUUAUGAAAUAGAUCACGAUACUCUGUCGUUUUCUCAUUUGCUGCAUAAAUCCACUUAUGACAAACAUAAAAUACAGUAUAUUUAUGAUACAACGGAACAUCUGAUUACAGAUAAUCCAUUGCUGCUAAGGGGUCACAAUUCCCGUAUCAGGAAUGUCAGAUUUUCAGCUGACAUCAUGAAGCCAACUCCCCAAAGAAAUUCAAAAUCCUCAAAUGUUGAAAAAAUUUUCUUUUCAGCUCAAUGCAGUGAUGAUAAUAUGGUCUCUGUUUGGCGAUUCAAAUUAAAUGUUUCAAACAAGUCCUCUCAGAAAUAUGACGUUGGCUGUAUUUGCGUUGUGCAAAAUUUUCUAGACGAACAAUCCAGUAUAGAAGAUUUGUCUUGGGGUAAUAAUGGUAAGUGGCUUGCUAUUGCAUCUAGCCAAGGUGGUCUUGUACUGAUCGAUUUCACGAAUGAGGAACUGGCAUCAAAAUUUCAUACAAAUUGGAUCCAGGGAUUAAAUUUAGCUAAUACACCACAGCCUUCCAAUACGAUGUUUGAAUAUCUGGAUUAUAAGUAUAAUCAAAGCUCUAAUACACAGUCUAAUACGGAAAGUUUUAGUUCAGAAUUAGAUAAAGGGUCCCAUACAAAACUAUCGCAGCUUGACUAUGAAAAGAAUAAAUCGCAUUUGUAUACCACUAUACAAGAAACUAUGUCUAUGGAUCCGAAUACGAAUGUUGCUAUGGACACAGAUAUGGAAUUUGAAUAUCUGGAAAAUUUUUGUCAUGUUAUUAUACCUCUUGUUCCAGUUCUACUUGAUAUUUUUGUUAAAGUUAUACAUCUAUUAGAGUACCUCAUAUUACUUUCCUAUAACAUGUAUACAUCUAUAGAACUUGAAAAUCAUUCUCUAGUUGAAAGGGCUAACCCUGAAAGUUUUGAUAUUCAAAGAUACCAGCAAGAUUUGGAAAAGUAUUUUUCUUCAGCGGAUUUCUAUUCUUCCACAUUUUACAAUGGACGUUUUCUUUGCAACACUUUAACAAUUGAUGAUUGUGAACAAUCUGACAAAAUACUUUCACAGUUAGAUCUUUCUCAAACAGAAAUUUCACAGAACAUUCCGGCAGAAAGUGUAUCUACUCCAAAACCAAAUAUUAGAAAUACUUCAAAGAGAAGCAAACAAAACGCAAAUAAGAGUGUUGUGGAUGAUGGAGUGAUCACUGAUAUUUGGCUCGAUAUGGAUUAUGGAGACUCAAAUCAUAUGCUACAAUAUUACUGGAAAGAUGCAAAAGAUAAGUCAGAUGUUAUAAAUGAGAUCAUUGGUCAUUCUAACAACAUAUUAUUGGAUGAUCCCAUCAUGCCCAUAAAAGGAGUGGAUAGUUUAAAGAAACCACAAGAUAUAGAAAUUGAAAUCAUCUCUCCUCAAAAUAUCCCAUCCGCCAGAAGCGAUUCAAACAUCUUGCAUAAAAACAGCUCUAGAGCGACACCAAAACGAAGUACAAGUAUAGCAAGCAAUGGAAAUUUCAAAAAGUCAUCCUAUUUUGCAGCGCCAAUACUAAAACAGUCUAUAUGCAUAGCCCUUCCAACAAACAAACAAAAGAUUGUUGGAAUGAACUUUCCUAGGACAUAUAGCAAUUCCUUAUAUUCUAGCAUAGUUUGCAUCGAAGAGAGUAUUGACUCAUUGAAAACACAUUGGAUAAAGUAUUUUUCAAGUGGAUAUAUUACACAUAUUGAUCUUUUGGAUAAUAACAUGUUAAUGGUCUUAACACAAUCACAAAACAAUUUUCCAGGUGACACUGCAUCAAUCGAAGAACUCAGGAAUUCUGGGUCCAAGCAAGAACAUUUUUCCAAUUACACAUUUCUCAAGUCAAAAACAGCAUAUAACAAAAUGGGAAAUAUGUUCUUGGAUACAUCGUCAUUUCUUACCAUCAUGAACUAUGCAACUGGAGAAACAUACAUGAAUGAACAAAGACUUGGUUAUGCACCAAUAUCAAAUGCAAAUAUUGUGUCAUGGAACUCAACUGUUUAUGUGACAAUAGUGGAUGUUAAUGCGGUAAUAUACCUACACUCUCUGAAAUAUAAUUCGUCGAAGCUAGAUGUGAAUAUUUCAAAUAUGACAAAAUGGGACUUGAGGGAAAUAAGUAAUUUGGAUUUAGAUAGCAUAUUCAAGAUAGAGAUGAUCGAUUCUCAGAUUAACGCUAGUAAUAUUUUGGCUAAUGUUGAUCUCUACAAAACCAACACCACAGCGUCCGAUGUCACUGAUUCAACGGAAGAGGUUUUUGGGGAUUUGUUACGUUCAAAGGAUGCUAAAGUAUCAGAGGUGAUGCUAACUUAUGAUAGAGAAACAGUAAAGGAUAUAAUUCAUCAGGAGUCUCCACGUUUUCUGGUCUACCUUGCUAAUCUCCACGUUUGCAUCUUGUCCAAAGAUUUUGCACCAUUCAUACUAACACCACCGGAUUUUUGUUCUAUAGAAGAUUCUGAAGAUUCUAGUUUGACGCUUUCAAUGAUAUAUAAGAGUUAUGAUAUGAAAUUCGAUAUUGGUGCAGAAUUGCUGGCGUAUAAAAAUGGUAAGAGGGGUCGUCAGGGAGAAAUGACCAACAAAGGAUCCAAACAAAACAAAUUUGUUAGUUCGAUAAUGAAUGAUCUGAUAUCAAAACUAAGUCACGAUUCACUCUUUCUUUCAAAGUUUGGGGGACUGGUAUCCCACAGCGAAAGUGAUGUAGAGGUUUGUCAAGACGAAGAUGAACCAUACGAAGAUUUUGAGAUUAAGGAACUGAAAAAUAAGCUAUGUGGAUGCUUAUUGGUAGGAAGCGUUUGGGAAUAUAUACUCUAUCUCUGCAAAUACAUAGCUAGAGUAUUUUCUGGUCUAAACAUUAGCGAAAUAUGUUUAGUCACAACUGGGCUCUAUAAAUCUAUCCUAGGAUCGUUUAUUCAAAUUCAUAACGAAUACAGGAAGGAGAUACAGAUAUUCGAUAUCAAAGAAUUUCAACCGCUUGCCUCCGUGUGUUUAUUUAUUUUAAGAAACAUAAUAGUGCAAAUGGUAUGGAAAAUCUACUGUAUAGUAUCACAGGAAUAUAGCAACAGAAGGAAUAUUGUAAAAUAUGGAUUAUCCAAAGAUGAAUUUUUUGAAAAAUCGGAUAAUGCAAAAUGUAAAUUAUGCUAUACAAAUUACUGUGGCUCAUUUGGACUUGAAUGCCCAAUGGUGAACGCUGAAUUGUUAUUGAAAAACAAAUGUAAAAGUGACGAAUUUGUCCCACAUUUCCAAGUAAGUAACUCUAAAUUAUUUAAAGUGCUGUAUAGGAAAUAUCGGAGCUAUUGA